UGUGUGUGUGUUGUGCUGCUGUCUGUUGGGCUGGGAUCGGAGUUUAAAUAUUCAAAAUGGCGGACGGAGGAGCAGCGAGUCAAGAUGAGAGUUCAGGAGCAGAUUCUAGAAUGAGUAAUCCGUCAGAAACGAGUAAAUGUGCAAUGGAGAGUGGGGACGGAAACACAGGUGCCCAAACAAACGGACUGGACUUUCAGAGGCAGACGGUGCAAACAACAAACGCAAUCACCAACGCACACGCACAGGCCCUGCUCCAACAGUUGACUCUGACCCCAGCGCAGCAGCAGCUGCUGUUGCAGCAGGCUCAGGCGCAGCUGUUGGCAGCUGUGCAGCAGCACUCGGCCAGCCAGCAGAGCAGCACCACGGGAGCCAGUAUCUCCGCCUCCGCUGCCACACCGAUCACACAGAUCCCCCUCUCCCAGCCCAUCCAGAUCACAUCCCAGUUGCAGCAGCUGCAGCAGCAGCAGCAACAGAACCUCAACCUUCAGCAGUUUGUGCUGGUGCAGCCAGGCCACCCCAUCGCCACUCAGCUGCAGCCGGCGCAGUUCAUCAUCUCGCAGACGCCGCAGGGCCAGCAGAGCCUCUUGCAAGCCCAGAAUCUUCUAACUCAACUACCUCAAAGCCAAGCCAACCUCCUGCAGACUCAGCCAAGCAUCACCCUCACCACACAGCCCGCAACACCGACACGCACGAUAGCAGCUACCCCAAUCCAGACCCUCCCCCACAGCCAGACAACGCCAAAGCGCUUGGACACCCCCAGCCUGGAGGAGCCCAGUGAUCUGGAGGAGCUGGAACAGUUUGCCAAAACCUUCAAACAGAGGAGAAUCAAACUGGGCUUUACUCAGGGGGAUGUCGGCCUUGCUAUGGGAAAGCUUUAUGGAAACGACUUCAGCCAAACCACCAUUUCUCGCUUUGAGGCCUUGAACCUGAGCUUUAAAAACAUGUGCAAGCUGAAGCCUUUGCUAGAGAAAUGGCUCAACGAUGCAGAGAACCAGACGUCAGACCAGGCCCUGUCCAGUCCCAGCUCUUUGGGCUCCCCUGGGCUGGGCAUGGAGGGCCUCAACCGGCGUCGCAAGAAAAGGACCAGCAUCGAGACCAACAUCAGAGUGGCCUUAGAAAAGAGCUUUCUGGAGAACCAAAAACCUACCUCUGAGGAGAUCACCAUGAUCGCCGACCAGCUGAACAUGGAGAAGGAGGUGAUCCGUGUGUGGUUCUGCAACCGCCGGCAGAAGGAGAAGAGGAUCAACCCGCCCAGCAGCGGCAGUGCCGGCAGCACCCCCAUCAAAGCAAUCUUCUCCCCCUCCACACCCCUGGCGCCUUCCACGGCCAGUCUUGUGACCAGUACCACCCCGACUACACUGACUGUAAAUCCUGUUUUGCCUCUCACCAGCACAAGUGUCUCCAGCAUUGGCUUCACUGGCACGCCUGUGGGCUCGGCCUCCUCCAACACUGCGUCCGUCAUCUCCUCUGUUCCCGUCGUUACGACUGCAGCCUCGUCUCCUUCACUCAGCCCCUCCCCCAGCACGAUGCAGGCGUCCUCGGCUGAGUCUUCGACGUCACAGGAGCCGGCGACUACGGUGACCCAGGCACCAUCCUCACUGGCCAACACACUGGGCACAGGGCAGGUGAUGGUGGCGGCACCCAGCUUGUCAGCUGCACUGCAGGGGGCCGCCCAGCUUCCCACCAGCGCAAGUUUCGCCGCCAUGGCUGCAGCUGCUGGUCUCAACCCGGGCCUCAUGGCCUCCUCACAGUUCGCUCCUGGUGGGGCUCUGCUGAGUCUGGCUCCUGGUGGUUUGGGCAGCGCGUUGAGUCCAGCACUGAUGAGCAACAGCACCUUGGCCACUAUCCAAGCUCUGGCAUCUAGCGGGACUCUGCCCAUCACCUCUUUGGAUGGCAGUGGUAACUUGCUGUUUGCCAACGCCAGUGCCGGGAGCACGCCCAACCUGGUGACGGCGCCCCUCUUCCUGAACCCCCAGAACCUGUCUCUGCUCACCAGCAACCCGGUCAGCUUGGUGUCCGCCGGUGCGAGCGCAGGGGCCGCCGGAGCCCUCAACCUACACGUUGCCGCCGAUACCCACCACAAUGCUGUCACCACGGCAACCGUGCCCGCCUCCACAAUCACCACCGCCUCUAAGGCCCAGUGAAGGCUUUGCCCAUUCUCUUUCCUCCUUCUUCUUCCUCCUUUCCCCUCUCCUUUUCCUCAUCAAUCAUUAUUUAAUCCCUUUGCUACCACCAAAAAGAAACUCAACAAGAGGUUUUUGUAUUAUUAUUUUAGUGUUUCUCCUUUUUCAUACUUCCUUCAUCCAUUUUGUUUCAAACGAUGUACUUUUUGGACCUUGUUGCCUGCUUUGAUUUUUCAGCAACAACCUUCACGAAUGUUGGCAUUACUAGAGAGCCUGGCGUAAAAGAUAGCCGAAACGGAACUGUCUCUGGACUGCACGCUUGCUCGCUCGGUAAUGCAAAGACGUGUUCGCUUUGAGUGAGCUCGCCUCACUCACUUCACUCCUUUUUUUUUUUUGCAUUUUUAUAUCUUCCUUUUUGGUCCUAAACACUCCUAACCAAAAAUGUGUACUGAUAUUGUUUACUUGUCGAAUCAUUGCUCCUUACUGAUAGCGUUAAUAGUCUUUGUUGUGAUCGCCAUCAUCACCACUGAGGAAGGUGUCUUGACACCUCACGAUUUGAAACGUUUCUUUUUUAAAGGCGCUGCUUUGCAGGCCUUUUGGACGUUCAUAUCAGAUCUUUCUAGAGCUUUUCCUUUGGCUUCCUGUGGUUUCUUUUUUAUCUAAUUCAGCUUUAGACUUAUCAUUCUCACUUGUGGUUACAAGGCUUUAAAGGAGUAAUAAGUGGCUGCGAUUACGGUUUCAUUGCUUUAAGGAAUCGUUUGACUGGUCUCUGUCUGGAAACACUGAUUUAUCGAAGAAAAAAAAUUCUCAAUACUUAGUAGCAGAGGUUUUUUUUUUAAGCGUACUCUAGGGUGGGUCUGAAGCGUGGACCCUGAGUUGGGUGUAUUUACAGAAUACUAAUAGCUUUAAAGGAUUGCGCAAGCAGUCCAUCAACAGAGGAUGCUUUUUGAGCGGGUGAUGGGUCGCCAUGUAGAUCACGCACUGAAAGCUCCUGGAAACUGUUGUGCUACUGUACGUCAUCGGGGCGACCGUGCGAUGUCUAGACUGUGACCUGUAUUCAUCCCAAAUCCGUCAGCCUCUUAAGGUCUUCCCAACACAGGGUGUGCUUUCUGUGUGGUCUCCUGGGUUGGUCUAGGUCGUACAGGAUGAUGCCACCAAACGCGUGGUGGGUGACCUUAACGUUCAGAAGGCAACCCGGCCCAGGAGAGGAGAGGUUGUCCUCUGUCCAGGAGAAUUUUUAAGGUGUUUGUUUUUCUACUUGUGCACAGUACCUGUACCAAAAAAAACUGGAUUUGAGAACUGCAGUCUGCCUGUUAUUUAAGGAAGAAAUUCAUCACGCUUUUGAGGAAGAGGUUCUUUUUAUUUUCGAGGCCUUUGGCAGGCCUCUCUGACGAGAUAUACCAAAAAUAUUUGUUAAAAACCUUGUUGCUGUAUAUUACCGUUGUAGCGUAGCGUAAGUCUAAAUAUUUAUGAGCGGAGAGGCUCUUGGUAGACCACAGGAAAAUAUGAUAAUGCAAUAUUUUGAAGAUCAUUUCCAAAGACAAAACUUUCCUUUUUUUUUCUUCUAGUUGAGAUGGCUCUCCCUGCUCUGCUCUGUCUCGUCAGUGCAGCUAACCAAAAAUAACCCGAGUGGAUGGGGAGGGUGGAGUUUGUAAAAGGUUCGGAGGCGGUCAGGACACACAUGCUGCAGCGACGACACCCCAAAGUAGCCUGUCCGCCUCCAGGUGGUUGGUGAAAAGUCUUUGUGAGUGAGAGGGAGGAAACUGGAGAGGUUGCCCUCCCUCUCCCUAAUAAAGUUAAUAUAUUUGAAAGAUGUUGGUGUGAGUGGAUGGAAGCAAUGCUAGUGCAUUUGUUUGCCUUACAGGCUCUUUCUUGGUUUCUUUUUUUUUAUUAUUCGCUCCCCUGUGUAGCUGUGUUUUAAUUGGUUUGAUCCUUGGUAGACUGAAGUAUCCACUAUGGAGGCAGGUUGGGACCAUUGUUCGGAGCUUUAGCAGGGCGGUCUUGUUGUCCCCUCCCCCCCCCCUUACCAAUGUAAUUCAGCCAUGACGUAAAGCUUGAACCAAAGUCGUUUUCUCGCUAGCUGCUGUGCCUGUGGGGUCCAGCGAAGCGCUGGCCACACUAUCACUACUCUACACUACUGAUAAACUUCCUCAUCUCUUACUUCUCCCACCCACAGCUCAUGGUGAACAUAGUAAAAAUGAACUGUGUGUUCAGCUUUAAAGUGAAAUAUAUAGCGUAGUGCAGUGCUGACUUGUUUUAGCCCUUGAUAUCAAAGCAUUGAGCGAUCCAAAGACAAAGGAAGGGCCUUGUCUGUAAGUGCUGUUUAUUCAGAGUCAUCUUCUUACGUUCUAGGUUUGAUGCAGUCAUGCUGUAAUCGACGGGCUUUGCUGAAGCUGCUCUCCAAAUAUCACACAGUUCACUGGAUUCCACUCACAUUUUUAAUGAUCUUGUAGCAUCUGGAACCUGUGGAAUGCAAGAAAACGCUCCACUAUUUGCCCUCUGGGUACUCGCACACGUCGCUCUGAGCUUGGCACAGCACUGGCGCACUCCCAUAAGGCUGUAACGGUACAUAAUUGUGGUGUACUGAAAGAGUAAACCACUCUCUUCUUAAGCAUUCGUAUAGAAAAGGUACAGUCAGGACUCUUAUUUUGUAUUUAUUUUUUUUUUAAACAGGCUGUUUUUCAGGCUGCUGAUACAUCCUUGGUUCUGGUCUCCAAGCGCAGUAGCAUACAUGCUUUCCGUUUCAGAGCACAAGUGCUGUCAACCAGACCAUGUUAAUGAAAUUGAGCUCUAAGCAUGUACUGAUUGUACCUGUAAAACCUCACUGGCAGGUUGAAUCUGAAUUUUGCCUGAACAGGCCAGUGCUAGCUCCUUUUUUAUUUUGCCCCUAUUGCCUAAUCCAUUACUGCCCUGAAUGCUAUCCUCAAACUGUUCCUAUCGACCUGUCGGUUUCUCACAUUUUAAAACUUCUGUUAUAUUUUUUGUUAUUUGAAUUACCUCAUCAGCACUUAAAUGGAAGGUUCACUUUAAACAAAAUGGCACCAACAGACAACUCCAGAAUGUAAAAGAGCUGUUAAUUUUUCAACUGUCCUUUUUUUUUUCUCUCAAAAUUCUCAGCAAUGCAUUCUAGA